AUCUGCAUGUCGAACGACGAGUAAACUUUCUUCGUCCAUAAUAUUUAGUUAACUGCUCCAUUUAGUUAGGUUAGUGGUUGGUAAAUUAAACAAGGUGACGUCGUGAAGAAAGAAAGUGACGACGUGGAGGAAGAAGCAAAAAAUAAGGGGAAAACUUCCGUCGAGCAAAAUUGGAAAGUGGAGCGACCAAAAAAUCAAAAGAGUGAUUAGUAGUAAUUCGUAAAAUUAGUUAAAAUUCCUAAAUUUAUUACACAAACCAUGUUUUUAUGGGACUGGUUCACCGGAGUGUUGGGGUAUUUGGGUCUAUGGAAGAAAUCGGGAAAACUACUUUUCCUAGGCUUAGAUAAUGCUGGGAAAACCACACUCCUUCACAUGCUAAAAGAUGAUCGAAUGGCUCAACAUGUGCCUACUCUUCAUCCAACUUCAGAAGAGUUGUCCAUAGGGAACAUGAGAUUUACCACUUUUGAUUUGGGUGGCCAUCAUCAAGCUCGAAGAGUUUGGAAAGACUACUUCCCAGCCGUAGAUGCGAUCGUCUUUCUUAUCGACGCAUUUGAUCGACCCAGAUUCGGAGAGUCACUGGCAGAGCUGAAUUCUUUGUUGACAGACGAGCAGUUGGCCAAUUGUCCUGUUCUCAUUCUGGGCAAUAAAAUCGAUCGUCCAGGAGCAGCAUCUGAAGAGGAAAUCAGGAAUACAUUUGGCCUUUAUGGCCAAACCACAGGAAAAGGUAAAGUUGCAAGAUCCGAUUUGCCAGGACGUCCACUGGAGCUUUUCAUGUGCUCCGUAUUAAAACGUCAAGGAUAUGGAGAAGGUUUUCGAUGGCUAGCGCAGUAUAUAGACUGAUCGUCACUUAAGUUAAACUCACAAAUUACUACACCAAUUUCCUCCGCGCCGCCAGACCCAACAAUAAGUAAAAAUGAAAAUAUCUACAUCAUCACCAUCAUCAUCCGAAAUAUCAACUCAUAAAGAAGAUUCAAGACACAUGAAUUAUAAUAAUAGUAAAACAACGGCCGUACAUGUACGUUGUUCAACUGUUAUAUGACAAAUUUAAAGUUUAAAACUAGUAAACAAAACGAACGGAUGUGAUCUUAAAAGAUCAUCGUUGUCACCACCAUCUUCGAAAAAUCGUGUCAGUGUUCUUAUUACUCUUCAGUUUACACAACCAUUUUGAGAAAAUUUUAAGUCAUUGUGUUAUCAAAUCAUAUAUUAUCUAUAUUAAAUUUGUCCCAAAUAUCUCCUCCCCCUCCCCCUAUAAGUCAACAACAAGUUAAAAGAAAGUAAAUUUAUUCGGUCAUCUAAAAAUACAUAAUAUUCUGUGCAGCAC